AUGCAGCGGCAGGCGCGCUUCGGGCCGCCCGAAGGCUGCGUCGACCACAGGCCGCACCGCUACCGCAGCUUCAUGAUCGAGGAGAUCCUCACUGAGCCGCCAGGGCCCAAGGGCGCCGCGCCCGCCGCCGCCGCUGCAGCCGCCGCGGGCGAGCUGCUCAAGUUCGGCGUGCAAGCGCUGCUGGCCGCGCGGCUUCACAGCCACCUGGCCGUUUUGAAGGCUGAGCAGGCGGCGGUGUUUAAGUUCCCGCUGGCGCCGCUGAGCUGUUCCGGGCUGGGCUCAGCGCUGUUGGCGGCAGGGCCUGGGCUGCCCAGCGUUACAGGCACCCCGCACCUGCCCCUGGAGCUGCAGCUCCGCGGGAAACUGGAGGCCCCCGGCAGCGGGGAGCCGGGCACCAAGGCCAAGAAGGGGCGUCGGAGCCGCACCGUGUUCACCGAGCUGCAGUUGAUGGGUCUAGAGAAACGCUUGGAGAAGCAGAAGUACCUCUCCACGCCAGACAGAAUAGAUCUCGCUGAGUCCCUGAGCCAGUUACAGGUGAAGACUUGCUACCAGAAUCGGAGGAUGAAGUGGAAGAAAAUACCCAAGGCCUCGCCGGAUGAUUCCUGUAACCCCAAGAUUCUGUAUGAGGACUUCCGACGUUGGCAGCUCUUCAAGGCCCUGGCCCGGGGGCACCUUCCCCAGAGUCCGGAUGCGGAAGCUCUUUCCUGCUUUCUCCUGCAAGUGCUCCGGUCCCUGUCCCGCCUGAAGCCCACCAUGACGUUGGAGGAGGGAAUUGGGCAGGCCGUGCAGGAAUGGCAGCGCACAAGCAACUUUGACCGGAUGACCUACUACGACAUGGCAGCAAAGUUCAUGGAGUUUCAGGCGGAGGAGGACCUGCAGACUCAGAAGUUGCAGUUGAUGAAGGGGGCACAGGCGAACACUCCCAGCACCCAGUGUGCCCACCCACUGCAGCAGCCAGGGGAGACCGAGUCACCCAAUGGCAUCCCCCCUGAGGCCGUGCAAGAGUACAUGGACACCAUGGACUAUUUGGAGGGGCUGGCGCACUCAGCCUCGGGGGAGCCAGGAGGAGAACGGAACGAGGACACAAAAAAGUUGCAUCAGAGACCGUCAUAG